UUUCUAAGUUCACAGACUUUUCCUGUUCGUAGUCAUUCUACUGCAUAUUGGAGUUUAUUCAACUCCAGAGUUCUGCUAAGCAUUAUCAACUAAGUACAUCAGUUUCCAUGGAAUUUUUUCAGAAGUGCAGAACCUGUGUCCCUAUGCUUCUUGUUUUUCUCCUCCACUUCUCAAACCUUCACAUUCUCUCUUUUGCUGAUGACUACAAAAUCAAUUGUGGCUCAGAUGCUAAUGUGAGCCUCAUUGCUGACCAGAAUUUUGUUGGAGAAUCAAAGUCUGGUUCCUCUUUCUCCAAAAGCAACACCAUCGCACACACAAACCAGUUGCCGGCUCUCUACCAGACAGCAAGAGUUUAUAGUGAUCCUUUCUACUAUGAGUUCAAGGUCACUACUGGUACUUAUCUGGUACGCCUACAUUUCUUAGCCUUUUCUUCCACCUCAAGUAAUCUCUCUGCAGCUGUUUUUGAUGUUUUGGAUUCUACAAAAUUCAUACUGCUGAACAAUUUCAGUGCCAAAAGUAGUACUAGUUCUCCUUUGAUAAAGGAGUUCUUUCUAAGAAUUGAUAGUACCGAGUCAUUUAGACUGUAUUUUACACCCCGGGCAUCAUCUUUGGCUUUUGUCAAUGCUAUUGAAUUCUUCGCCGUCCCUCCAGAUUUCACCAACUUCAUCCCUGAGAAUUUCACCAGUAAUAAUAGCCCUUUACAGACAAUUUACAGAGUGAAUGUUGGGGGACCUUUAAACAAUGAUACAUUGUGGAGAAGCUGGGAAACAGAUGACACUUACCUGCUUGAUCCAAACUCUGCUAAGGAAAGCAAAAAAGGUACACUUAGUAGAGAUCAUGUGGGAGAAAUUAAUGGUUUCGUUUUGUCUAAUAAGUAUGUCGCGCCAGAUGGGGUUUACCUGACUGCUAAGGCGAUGAAUAUUACUGCUAGCAGGCCAGCCAAUUCCUCCAACAUAACUUGGUCUUUAAAAGUGAGUGGGAAUGCUAGGCACAUUGUCCGGGCUCAUUUCUGUGACAUUGUUGGUUUGGCGACUGGUAACAUUCUUUUUGACUUGUAUUCAAACAGCAACUUCCGCAAGGAGAUUGGCUGGAUUGAUCUAUCUGUUCCUUUCUACUAUGACUUUGUGGUGAAUUCUAGUGCGUCUGAACUCAUUAACAUCAGCAUAAGACCUAGAAAUGAUUCUGUGGAAAAAAAUGCAUUUCUAAAUGGGCUAGAAAUAUUGGAGAUAAUGGAGGGAAAAGGUUCAAUUCCUCAUGUGAAAGUGCCCAUGAAGAAUAUUGUGGCUGUGGUGGUUGGUUCAGUUCUUGGAGGCCUAUUUCUCAUCUGCAUUGUAAUAGCUGGAUUUGUGUUCCGUUUGAGACACAGAAAGAAAGAGAAAGGAGUUGAAACUUCAGUUUGGUCACCAAUGCCUGCAAAUGGAGGAGGGAGUUCUCACAGCUCUGCUUUCAAUCUAAAUUAUCUUGGUUUGAAGAUAUCUUUUACUGAAAUCCAGUCUGCAACAAACAACUUUGACACGAAGUUGGUGAUAGGCAAGGGUGGCUUUGGUAAUGUUUAUAGAGGGACUCCCUUGAAUGGCACAAAAGUGGCUGUGAAGAGAGCUUAUAAGCGAGAUGAGGAAGGUUCAAGCUCAGGCCAAGGCCUCUCAGAAUUCGAAACUGAAAUCAUAGUAUUGUCGAAAAUCCGCCACCGCCAUCUUGUCUCCUUGAUUGGCUACUGUAAUGAAGGGUCUGAAAUGAUUCUAGUGUACGAGUUCAUGGAGAAAGGUACCCUGAGAGAUCAUUUGUAUAAUUCUGACGUCCCUCGCUUGUCAUGGGAGCAAAGACUUGAAAUUUGUACUGGAGCAGCAAGGGGUCUUCAUUAUCUCCACACAGGCGCAGCUGGGGGAAUCAUUCACAGAGAUGUCAAGUCCUCCAACAUAUUGCUUGAUCAGAACCAUGUUGCCAAAGUUGCUGACUUUGGCCUUUCGAAGUCUGGAGCUCUCAAUGAAACGCAUGUCAGCACUAAUGUUAAAGGCACUUUUGGUUAUCUUGACCCCGAGUACAUGAUGUCGCAACAGUUGACAGAAAAAUCUGAUGUUUAUUCAUUUGGUGUAGUUCUACUCGAAGUGUUGUGUGCAAGACCAGCUAUUGAUUCAAUGCUUCCAAGAGAGCAAAUGAAUUUGGCUGAAUGGGGAAUGUUUUACCAGAAAAGAGGGCUGCUUGAACAGAUUGUUGAUUCUGCACUAAAGGGUCAUAUUGAUCCUAGCUCACUGCGGAAGUUUGGUGAGACGGUUGAGAAGUGUUUGCAAGAAGAUGCUUCUGAUAGGCCAACAAUGGCUGAUGUGCUGUGGGAUUUGGAAUAUGCAUUACGGCUUCAGCAAACAACAAAGCUCAGAGAGGCUCAUGAGGAUAGCACAACCAUUGAUGCUUCAUCAGCAGCAUUCGGUUUGCCAAAUGUUCAGCGUAUUCAUUCACUUGGUUCCACAAUGAAUGGAGAUGAUAUCAGGGAAGACAACUUGGACACAACAGAAAGUGAAAUUUUCUCCCAACUGAAAAUUCGUGAUGCUAGAUGA